AUGCCGCCCUCCAUGAACGGAGGCGGGAACGAGGCUUUGCAAUUGAACAAGGAUGAUGUCUCGGAAGGAGCUAUUAUUCUACUCUACGAAGUAAUCGAACGCGCACGAUCGGCGCCCGACUUAAAUGCCUCCUCUUACACGUUAUUUGAUGUCUACGAAGAGGUGCUCCGCGAACACGGCAUCGAGAUCGAGGAUGACAAUGUACCGCUCCAGAUCAUAGCGCGUUUGGCGAGAGAAGCCAGAGAAGAUGAAGGACUGGUGCAACGAUUCAAGCGCGUCAUGGGCGAUAUUGGCUUUGAUCUGGAGUACGAUGAGGAAGGAGAAGGAUUCGAGUUUACAAGUCAAUUGGAGGGACUAUCAACGGCAACGCAAGCACCAACACCCGCUCCUGUACGGCGCGGAAGCCUGGAUUCUUUGUUGGAUGGUAGCGCGGACAAAGUUGCGGGUACAUUGGAUGUUGCUCGCCGGUUGCCGUUGCGCCCGAGACCAUCGAGCGAGGCGACCGGUCAUUCCGACAUUGGGUCGUGGUGGCAGAGGAGAAGGUCUCGUUCGGCGACAGAUCUGGAAUCGCAAGUGCGACCUCGAGUCCGACUGUCUCAGCAGAACGGAAAUAAGUCACUUGCGCCUAAGAGCGAACCACUGGUCUCACAGCAGUCGAAAUCUGGAUAUAGGCCCGGCGCACCGCUCUCGUACCGCGAAAGGGACGGUAGGCAAAGAGACGGGAUUACAGGCACUGCCUAUCUUGAAGAGUCCGAUCUAGAUGGCGACCAGUCGGGCGAAAGCGCUGAUUUUGACCACUCGAACAUAUACAUACCGGGAAUCAAUGCGCCCAUACCGGAUGGACAUCAGAGACCGAACCAUCACUGGGAACCCGAACCUUUCCAACCUUCCGACACACGCUUAAUGGACGAUGCCGAAGACCUUGAGCAGCAGCGUCUACACUCACUUGUGAGAUCUUGCAUACGAAAAUGGCGGGAGCGGACGCAAGAUCAGAUUGAGCGCAACGAGCAAAUGAUGGCCGCUGCAGUGCGACAUGAUAGUUGCAUUCAGUUCCGGAACGUGAAGGGUGAACUUCUCCGCGAAGCCCAGAACAGACGCUCACUCCGCGACACCGAUCACUUCUUCAUUCGCCUCGAAGACCGCGCAGCUAAAGCUCGAAAUCUCUUCCUGCUCACCAAAGCUUUUACCCAUUGGGCUAGGAGCGCCGAGGAUGAGGUGCAACGCACUUCAGUCGCGCGCCGCCACAUCCUGCGUACGCGCUUCUUCAACGGGUGGCGCGAAAUAACCGCAGUCAAUGAGCUGAAGAUACAGCAUUUUGUCCUGGGUACGUUCUUGCAUAAGUGGCGCCGGCGGACGGCGGAAGUCCGUCAAAGACAACAGCAAGCGGUACAGGUGUACGAUGACAAUUUGCAGCGCAAGUACUACAAAGAUUGGUUCUUCAAGUUCUGCGAGAUCGCGGCCCCGGCGUGGCAUAACGCACGCUUAGAUCCACGCUUGAAGAGAGCUACAUUUCAACAAUGGCAUGAAGCUGCAGCUAUGUGGACUGAGCGAGAUGCUUGGGCUACUAACCGUCGAGAUCAGCAGGUACAGCGCAAGUCGAUGGAAGUCUGGCGGCAGAAGACCGCUACAGUCCGAGCGCUGGAACCGCAGGCCGAAGAGUACCGAAGGCAGAGCAUCCUUAAGAAGGCUUUGGCAGCUGUCCAAAGACAUGUCCGUUUCACUCCUUUGCUCAUCGCAAUCCAAAAAACGCGCGAUGCAGAUCUUCUUGGAUCGACCUUACGGACAUGGCAGCACACCGCGGAACUCUCUCGGCGAGCGAGGAACAUGGACCGGAUGCGUAUACUACGUAAUGCCUGGACUGCCUGGAACGAUCGCCUGCGUAUCAAAGCGCUGGAAGAGCGCAUCAAUGACCGCGUGCUGAUCGAAAACAUGUACAAAUGGACACUAGCUUCCAGAGUGUCGUUGUUUCAACGCGUUCAUGACCGCUCGCUGAAGGAGAACUGCUUCUCCACAUGGUUCACGAAAAGGAACGAACUAGUUCAGAUCAGAAACGAUCGAGAAAACAGACUUGCUGCUGCGGAAGCACGACUCGCCCAGUUCAAGCGCAUCCAACUUUUACGGACCUGUCUUCACAAGAUAGAGGCAACGACAGCGGAGAAACGCGCCGAAGAAGCCGCGAUGACCGCGAAAUACAACAUGAUUUUGAAACAGCGCGUGUUUGAACAGCUCUUAGACAAGCACGACCACUUCCAGCAAUUGGACAAACGAGCUGAAGCUGCGCAGUUCUAUGUUUUGACUACGCAUACACUGAAGAAGUGGAGAGAUGCUACCCAGCAUGCGAGGAGGAAUCGGAGACGCGAGGCGUAUGCGCACAUGCGGCGGACUGUCAAGUUGAAUCUUGUGAGAAGAACGUUUGGUGUGUGGAGAGAGAAGGCGAAUGUCAUCGCGGAGCAGCACCAACAGGCAGAUGCGAUAGUAUAUGCUCGUACUGUGCAGGAUUCACAGGCCCUGUUUGCGCACUGGCGAGACCGAACUGCCGCCGAACAAGUACAGACUGUGCAAGCAGAGAUGCACUACGAUAUCAAGACACAAGCUCGCUGUUUCGCGACUCUGAGAAGGCGUAUGGAAGCUUUGCACAAUAUGGAAUCUCAAGCGGUCGCCUUCCGCCAGAUUGGCGUCGAGGUCGCUGCGGCCACUCUCCUCAAGAAGCUGGAAUGGGAAGGCUGGGAAAUUAGGUUGCGGAACAGCAGUGCAGCUGCCUUGCACGAGCGGCACUUCAGGCAGCAUGUCACUGCCAUGAUCAGAUUCUGGCACCAGCAGACACUCUCUCGUCUUGCUGCUCGCCCGGUCAGUCCGACGCCAACCUCUCGCUCUCAUCAAGGUCGUCACAACGACAACCAGCACGAGCACCAUGGUAACCACGAAGCCAACGCCGCAUUCGAAGAUACGGACCAUCAUCUCGACGACGACGCAGGCGACGAGACCCGCCGUCUGGAAGGCUGGACCGAAUUCGACCAAUCCGCACUCGAUCUGUCCUUCUCAAUCUCCCCGCAAAAUCGACCACCUCAGCCCACCAAACCACCACCGCGAGUUCCCCCAUCCUCUGCCAGACCAACACCUACACGCCCUCGCACAUACCCCAUACCAAACUCUAUUCUACGCUCUGCUCUCCGCCGUCCAGCCCCACCGGCUAUACACGAGGAUCUAGAGUCUGAUUUCGGGGGCCCAGACGCAACGUCCACGCCCAUGCCGCCGCACCUGCGAGCCGGGUACUUGAAGACGCCCAGCAAGCGCUCCGUCAUACAGAACAAGCGGUCUGAGAUCCAGACGAGUCCUCAGAAAAGACUGGGCGCCAUGAGCGCGCCGCCUGCUGCGGGGUUGAGAGACGUUCCUGUGGCCGGACUGGGUGGAGUGAGGAGCUUUGGGGGUAUGCUUAGGGAGAGUGGGUUUGUGCAGGGAGGUAGUAGAGGGAAGGGAAGGGUGGGUUUUGGUGAUGUAAGCCAUAUUGGGUGA